UGACGUCAGUUGGUUACGCGCAAGAAAUGGGUGAGGAUGUACGCCGCUGUGACUCUCCGCUGGACUAUUUCAAUCACGUGAAAAGAGAAACAAGUCGGGAAUAACUAACUUGUGUCCACCUGUAAAUAAGACAAACGCCACGAGGGAUUAACAGCGAGACAAGUGUGAAUAUGAACUCAAGGUGAAGCGAUUUAUGAGAAGCUUACGGUACUGAAACCUUCGCUCGCUGACAGGAUUGAGAGAAGAGACAAGAGAGAUAUAGAAAAUAAGUACCUAGACGUAUUAACAGAACAAGUGCAUGGACGCUGAAAAGAAGAGAAGUGCGACAAAGUGGCGGGGAAACAUCUAAAGGAGAGGAAUGUGUGAUGGCAAUUAUUAUAGGCUUGUGGACCUCGUAGUCUCCCGCCAUGAACGCGAGGGGGACGUUCCUGCUCCUCCGCCUCGCCGCCCUCCUCGCCACAGGUGUUUGUCAGGGUGGGGCGGCGAGGUUCUACACAACUAACACCCUGACGGAGGUUGAGCCGCGCGUGGGGGGAGACUACGACGCGCUCCUCGACCAGGUGAGCGGGGACUUCGGCGUCAGGUCAGAGGUGCUGGAGGCGGCAGGGCAGGAGCCAGAGUACCGGGGAGCGGACACGAUGGUGGUGCCCCUGUACAUCCCUAAGGGCGCCGUGCCGAUCAAGGUGGCCCGCAUCGCUCGCUCUGACUCACGCGACCCUGUGCUGGAGGUGGUGGACCUGACCAUGUCCCCCGCGGCUGAUUCCGUCCUCAUACGAAGGAUAGGACCGGUGGACAGACAAAGGGCAGCGUCGCCACCUAACAGAGCCACCUGGAGACCCCCGCAGAGGACGAGGAUAACGAGAUUGACUCCUAUUAGACGAUCAGACUCUCCUCGUCGACGUGUUCCCUUGCCCUCUUCGUCCUCGCCCUCUCCCUCGCCCUCGUCCUCGCUCUCCUCCCCGUCCCCGCCCUUACCCCGCUCCCCGGCCCUGCAGUCUGAGUUCGGGAAAAGACUGCCUGUGUCUGAGGGCGGCCCCAUAGACACUCCAGUCCCGGACACAGACACCGCCACCAAAAGAGCGAAGAAGAAUGAGUUAAGUAAAGAUUCGCAGUUUCCUGAAGAGCUGCACACUACCACUCUUCCCACCACCACCACCACCCCAACCACCACCACUACCGCCGCCGCUUCCUCUGCAUCCACUUCCUCGCCUCCACCGCCCCCAGAUCCCAAAGGCGGAGAGAUUAAAGCCACAACUCGUAGGUUUUCCACUCAUUUAGCCUCCACCUCUACCAGUACCGCUAUCCCAUCAACUACCACUUCAUCCACCUCUACUACCACACCCACCACCACCACCAAUGCCAAGUCUCCACCACCUACCACCACCACCACUACUUCCACUACACCAUCAGCCACUGAGAAAACCACAACCACCACUACUACAGAGUCCACCGCACAGAAGACCCCUUCCUCCACCUCCUCCACUACGGAACGGCGAUCCAUUAUCUUUCCUAGACCGGUGGAGAGUGUGAUAAACGGCAGAGGGAAAAGCUUAGCAACCACCACCACCACCACAACCUCCACCACUACUACCACCACCACCACGCCCUCCACCACCACCACCAAGACAGUAACAAGUGGCCGGAGUUUCCCUGUACCUGUGAGGAACCUGCCAGCGUGGGUGAUGAGGCCCAGAACACCACCACCACCACCACCGCGACGCAUCUUCAUCACCACCACCACCAGCACCACCACCACCACGGAGAGACCACGUAGAAUUAGAGAUAAGCUAAGACGGCUGAGCAGACUUCGAGGUGGUGUUAAUAAGGAGCCUUCCACCACUACCACCACCACAACCACCACAACGGAGAGAGCCCGAACCACUACCCCGUCAACCACUACCACUACAACUGAGAGGAAGACACCGCCGACCACAACACAGCCCUCCACGACCACCAGAAGAACCUCCACCGUCAGGAAGAUGCCGAGUGUGAGUGAAAUAUUGAACUCCCGUAUUGAAGAGGAGGAGGAGGAGGAGAACCUGGAGGAGAACCUUUCUACUAGCCUGGGCCGCCCUUCAACGACCGAGGAAUACACGACGAAAACUACGACCUUGAGAACCGUUGAAACAAGAGAGAGAGAGAAGGACCAGAGCACAACGACUUUGAAAACUGUUGAGGAAAAGCAAAGAGAUAACGACAAAAGCACCACGACUUUGAGAACUGUUGAAAGGCAGCGAGAGAACGAUCAGGCCACCACGACCUUGAAAACUGUUGAAAGGCAAAGAGAGAAGGGCCAGACAACUACUUCGACCACGCAGAAGGCCCUGGAGGAGGAGAUACAGAAGACCCAACUUCGUGUGGCAACCGAAUCCUCGUCAGUAGAAAAGGUCCCUCUCUCCAACGCCAACUGGAAGUUCGUGAGACGCCCGCAACCUCCCCAGGACAGUGAAAACCCAGAGGCACUCCCAAGACCUUCAGGACCCCGUCGGCGCCGCCCUCUGAGGCCUAGAAUCAAGCUGCCACCACCCAUAACCUACCACAGAACCUCCACCACACCACCACAGGAAACCUUCGCCUCCACCUCCACCACUGCCACUACCACACAUCCUCCCCCCACCUCUACGACCACCACCACCACCACUACCACACCACUUACCACUACAAUCACAGUAACCUCAACAACCACCCCGCGUGUUGUUCUAACCACCACGACCACCACCACCACCACACCUGUCCCCACCACAGCUGCCACCACGAGAACCCCAGCGCAGGUGGUGAUAGACAGCCUGACGGAGAUCAUGAAGCAGGCCACCAACACCAGCAGGAACAAGGACCGCGUGUACAACAUCACGGCGAAGCUGGAGAGCCUCAACCGGCGACUGGCGGAGCAAGGCAUUCACAUCAUUCACGCUGAGGUGGAUGGCGAGAAGAUCAAGCUAGACAACAGGAUGAUAAUACGACCUAGACAGCCUCCAGUCACCACCUUCAGGCCCUCCACCUCCCUGCCAGCCUCCACCCUCCCGUUCCCGCGACCCUCAGCUCCCUCAUCCUCCACGUCCUUCUCCUUCUUCACGCCCUCAACAGAAGAAGACGCACAGGGCAAGCAGAUUCAGACCUCCAUCAGAUCCUCCUUCUCCUUCCACACCUCCCACUCCCCAGACACUGUGAACGAGGUGCAGACAACCACCGGAGACUCCACGCCCACCACCAACAAACCUGUAGACAUGAGGAAACCAGACGACAAGCCCUUCCUCGCCCCCUCCAGGCUCCCGACGGCGAUGGAGGGCGAAGAGCAGACCAGGAACAUCUCAGACCCAAGGAUGCCUGAGUCUCCCUCCGUCAUUAUCAGCGGCACGAGGUCUAGUUUGGACUGGGAGGGCCGGCGCGGGACCUCCACCUCUAUACUCGCCACAGCCACCGUCCCCACCACCGUCACCACCCGCACCAGGUCCACCACCGUGCCCGUCACCACACACCAGCCUGUCACCACGCCCUCUCUCCGCCUCCGCCCGACACACGAGGCAGGGAAUGAGUCUCAGUCUCCUGACGACGCCCGGCCCUCCACCACCGUCCACCCGACCUCCCACCACCGCCCAACUUUCUUCCCGCCGCCCACCGACCACAGUCACGCCGACAGAACUCCGAAUCCUACGCGCAUCCCGACCAUCAAGGUAGUGUCCAUCCUGAAGGGCGCAGAGGUCCCAGGAUCCCCCGCUACUGUAGAGGAUGUCGUAGAGGAUGACCUGCAGGUUCUAAAGGACUCGCAGGAUAUGAAUGACACCCCAAAGGCCUCUUACACCGCCAUCUACGUCAUCAGUGUCAUCGGCGUCAUCCCAGCGGCUGGGCUCGCCUUCUUCAUCGCCCGCAGGUUCCUGAAGAAGACACAGAAGGCGCUGCCGGAGAGUGAAGAGAGAGGGGAAGGGUUCACGCCCAUCACGCACCACCACUCCAGGAAAACGCAGUCCUCAGCCCACGCCCCAGCUAUGCAGGAGAGUGAUGGGCCUUCGUCAGUAGAGGCAAAGAACCCUCGCUUCACGCCCUGGGAAUUUCCUCGCUCCAAGCUUCGUAUCGCCUCCAUCCUGGGCCAGGGCAACUUCGGAGUGGUGUGGAAGGCAGAGGCGCGGGACCUGUGUGCGUGUGAAGGGUCCCAGGGCGGCCCCACGGUGCUGGUGGCGGUGAAGGGCGUGAAGGAAGGCGCCGGACAGAAGGAGAAGCAAGAUCUACUGAAGGAGCUGGCCAUCAUGCAACACCUGGGCCAUCACACUAAUGUUGUCACGCUGCUCGGGUGUUGUACUCAGCAAGAGCCUUACUACGUCAUCAUGGAGUACGUGAUGUUUGGCAAGCUGCUCACCUUCCUCCGAGACCAUCGCACCAGACAGAACUAUUACAACUUCUCUUCAGACACAGCAGCCCUCACCUCCCAAGACCUCACCCGCUUCGCCUGUCAAGUGGCCUCAGGGUGCGAGUACAUUCAGAGCCGAGGGAUUAUCCACCGAGACUUGGCUUCACGUAACGUCCUCGUCGACCACAACAAAGUCUGCAAGAUCGCUGACUUCGGGCUGGCGAGGAGUGUGAAGGACCUGGGCAGUGACAUCUAUGAGCAGAAGAGCAGGGGAGCCUUGCCUAUUAGAUGGAUGGCCCCGGAGUCUCUCUAUAUGAGCAUCUUCACCCACAAGUCCGAUGUCUGGAGCCUCGGUAUUCUCUGCUGGGAAAUCGUCACUCUAGGCUCCACCCCGUACCCCGGCAUGACUGCGCGGGAGGUGAUGCGGCGAGUGCGUGAGGGUUACCGCCUGGAGCGACCCGAGCACUGUCACCAGGAGCUGUAUCGCAUCGUUACCCGCUGCUGGCACCAAGACCUCAAUCAGCGUCCCUCCUUCACGGAAAUCAAGGAGGACCUGCAAGAACUCCUAGAGAACUCCCCGACUGGUUAUAUCGACCUUGAAAACUUCCCAGAGAGCAGUUAUUACUCCAUGCAUGAAAAUACCGAGGAGAAAUUGUAACGUUGAUGUAUUGUGGCUUGUAUUCUGAAUCGCUUCUGCUCGUAAUCCACUUCUACUUUCAAAAGGCUUUAGUUGUAGUUACAUGGGUUUUCAAGUUUGUUUUUAUGGUUCUAGUGACAGAUGGACAAGAUUUCUACAUUAUUGAUAGCAGGAACACUCGUGAGAACCUGAUUGGUCAUGGCUGUGGCCUUUGAAAAGAGUCGUGAGAGAGAGAGAGAGAGAGAGAGAGAGUGUUUCAGAAUACGAGCCACUACUAGACGCGUUACCUGAAAGGUGAUAGUCAUAUGAGUCUAUUUCUCAGUCUUUUAAAUUAUGAGUCCGUCUUAUUAUGUGUCUUGUUUAUUUUUACUUUUAGUCAUGUGUGUGUGUGUGUGUGUGUGUGUGUGUGUGUGUGUGUGUGUUGGCCUGCAGGUAUAAACUUUGUAACGAGGAAGAAAAAAAAAGAACAAGAAGGAGGUUUCGGUUACAAAUUAACUUUCGACACCUGUACUAGUAUAUUCUUAACGUAGUAGAUAUAUUACCGUGCGUCUUUUUUCUAUGGCUAAGUAUGCACAAUAUAAAAGAAAUGUCAACGAAUAGAUACACGAGCAACAAUCCCUCAUAAUUCGGGGAAAAUGCUAAUGAGCGUCAAAACUCGAUAACAAGAUUCACUAGUCUUAAAAAAUUCUUAUAAAACCGUAUCAAUAGCGUAGCAAGUAACAAAAACCCACUAAACAAUAAUUAUAGAAAACAAACAGUACUACCAAUCACAACUAUACCAAUGCUGCCAACCAUGCGGGACAAGAGAAGGCAACGGGGGUACUUAAGACUAUAGAGGAAGUAAGGUGUCACGGUGUUUACCCUGCGUGUCUGAGGCUGCAACGCCCUAACGGAGAACAACCACCGGGACACUGGCGAGGUACGAGGAGAGGAGUAGUGUGUGGGUAUGAGGCGAGAGUAGCAAGAGUAAUAGACAGGAAGAUAGUGUAUAGUGUUGGUGUGGGGUGGAAAGCAGCUGGUCUGUUUUCAGCCUCACGUGUGUUGACGAGAGGUGAUAUAGAGGUGCAUUUAGUCCGUAGAGGUGCAGUAAGUCCGGCAGGCAAUGCAAUGAACAACCUUGGAAGUUAUCAAAACGACACAUCCAGGUAUUUAUUAAUGUGAUUGCUAAUUGGUUGUUCACUUGACGCUGGUUGGUUGUUUGGUGGUUUGUGUGUGUUUACGGUCUACAGUAUUUCUUUCGUGGGUUUUAUUCCUUGUAUUAUAUUCGCCUCGUGGAGUGAAUAAAGUAAAUAUCACUGGCGAUGGAAGUAUAAUCACAUCAUAGCAACGCCUUGUACGAUAAUUAUGACUCGUGGAUAAUUAAGUUUUAGGUUCCACGAUAGAUUUGUCACCUGCUAUAGAUUAGUGUUUUGAAUUGCCUAAGCAAGAAAGUCUAAGGAAUAUGUUGCGAAGAACAUUAACUUUUGCUGUACAUUGCGGUAGAUUAUAUGAAACUUAAAUGCUUCCAGUGAGGAAACGAAGGGAAAUGAGACAACGAGUCAGUUCAACACGAGUCAUUAUCCUUCCUUAGAGAUUGUUAUGUGGGGGAACUCAGUUAUUUGAGGCCUGUGUGUGUGUGUGUGUGUGUGUGUGUGUGUGUGUGUGUGUGUGUGUGUGUGUGUGUGUGUGUCAUAACGAUGCAUAAUGUCAUCAGAGUGGAUCUGAAAUUCUGAUGAUGUAUAGUGCGCAUUCUCAAGAUGAAUGUAUUACUUUUUCAUUAUUUUUAUCCCUCAUCUUCCUUGCAUAUCAUUCAUCUUUUGUUUUUAUACUUGGUUAAUCUCUUCACACCUACCAAAGAAUGCUGGCGUGGUGCCGACUCUCCCUCCCGUGUGAUAAUUGACUCGGCACGGCAGACACGUCGGUUAGGGCAAUGCGAUGCUAAGGCCAGGAGAAAGUCUAGAAGUUCGUUUUCAAUUUGGCUGAAACUUGAGGAGAUAUGGAAUUAUCACUAAUAUUCUCCGUCUCAUUUAAAAAAAAAUGUAUUGCGUGUAUUUUCUGGUCAGUAUAAAGAUCAACAUAAACCUAUGAUAUUCAGAACUUCGAAAUAUUCAGGAUUGUCAGCAAUGUUAUUAGUUUUCCCAAAUGAAUAUGAAAGUUAUAAUAUUCUAAACUUGGAGACAUUGACAAUCAUCAGUGUUAUCGAAAGAAAAUUGUGAUUCGUGGACAUUUCCGUCACGUCAUAACAUGUAGCGAGUUGAUUUCUUUUCGCCAUAAAUAGAUCAAAUUACCCUAUAUAUUAUACAUUAUAUCAGACUGAAACAAGAUAAUCGAUACACUCAUUAGACAAAAAGACUGCAGGUGGCCAGUUGACCAACACACAAGGCAGCUUCCGUCCCGACACACACUGCCAGAUUUGCCUCGAGAAGUAUGUGUCCUGGCCCGCGUUUGCUGUGCCUUCAGACAGUAAACAUUGUCCUAGAGUCGAGCACAUGCCAAAAAAAAAGGAGCUUGUCUAUUUCUGUUAACCACGUGCUACUACCACUGUCACUUCCUCGCAAACUCGUGCUAUCAGACCGUGUUCAGAGAUAUAAGUUAUGUCAAUGUAGUAAAUAUAUAUAUAGCAUCCAUAAAUUAUCGCCAUAUUUAUGAGAUCUGCUUUCAAAUUAUAUUGGUUCUUAUCUCACUCAUUUCACCCUCCUCUCCAUAUCCUCCCCCCCUCCAUUGAGACAUGACGCAGUAAUGAUAAUGUGCUAAUUCAAACAACACAUUUUAUGACAGUAUAUUUUUUCUCUCCCAUUUUCUUGCACAAUUUAUAUUAUUUUGUUAUUGUGUUCGUGUCCUGUUCUUGUAAAUACUUGUGUAAAUAGUUAUUGUUGAAAUUUGAGCGUAAACGAAACUGUCUCGAAACAUCUCUUGCUCCAGCGUGUGUAGUGUUGGGGACUGGCGCGCGUCUGGGUGUGACGAGGUUGUCUGGUAGUUUCCUCCACACAGUACUAUCUUCACAAAGGUGGUACUGAUGUUAGCUAGAGUAUUCUAUCUGUUGUAUGUAUUAUUAUUAUUAAUUAUUAUCAUUAUUAUUAUUUUAUUAUAGCUUAAGGAUUUUUUUUUCUGUCCGUCUCCUUUUCAUAUGUGUGUGUGUGUGUGUGUGUGUGUGUUUCCCCUUCUUAAGCCAAUGCAACUGUAUAUACUUCCGGUUUUUUUCUCUUGAUGUACAGAAUAUUUUUUUUAUAUAUUGUAUUUCAACAUUUUAAUAAAGAUACAUUUUUA